AUGACAGGGACACAGAAACAUGACCUCUUCACUCCGGAGCCUCACUACAUCCCUGGCUAUGCCGGCUUCUAUCCACAGCUGCGAUACCAGGUUGGGAAAACCUAUGGUCGCACCACAGCCCAGCUGCUCACAGAUGCCAGUGUGCAGAAGAGCCCCUGCUCCGUGCUGUCUCCCAUGUCCAGGCCCAAGUUCAUAGAGGACUUCAGCAAGCCCAAGCCACCCUUGGAUCCCUGCUGGUACCUGAGCCAGCCCUACAUCCCACACUACAGCGGUCCCAAGCCCUACAAGAACUUCAAGAUUCUGGGCCAGUACCCACCCCAGGAUUUGGAUGCCCAGGGGCUGCUGAGUGCAGAGAGUGGGCCCAGGAAGGUCCUGCUACCAUCAGGCUUCAUGCCCUAUCCUCCCUACCCACCGUGCCCACCGGGCAGGAAGGAGGACUCCAAAGACUUUGGACACCCAGGCCUGCAGUUGGCAUAUGGGGAGGAGGGCUGGAGGCCACCCCUUGUCCAUGAGGCCCCAGGAAACUCCCAGCUGUAUCACUACCGGAGGGACGAGUACCUGCCCCCAACCCACCAGUCAGAGACGCUGGACGUGGGCAGGUUUCAGAGGCUGCCCCAGCUAGACCACCCCAACCUGAUCCAACGGAAGGCCAUCUCAGGCUACGCCGGCUUCGUGCCCCAGUUUGCCUGGGUGAUGGGAAUGAACUACCGCGAUGGGGUCACACAAGCCUUGGAUGAGUUUGACAGAAACCAGUUCCUAUUCAGGAACCCCAUCUGUGCCCUGGGUGAGAGGCUGCCCAAGACGCACUGGCCCAGCAACGCCAUCUACAACAGCCAGGGUCUGAUUCCCUUCUAUAUGGGGUUCGUACCAUCCAUGCAAGACAACUCCGGGCUAACGUUCGGCAACAGCACCCGGAAGGCCUAUCGUGAGGAAGCGGAGAGGCGCAGCCACACACUAUGA